UACGGCUGGCAGCGAAAUGAUCCCAAUGACGGGCGACGAGCACCGUUCCUUUACUUCAAUGUCUGCCAUCGUUUUAUGGGCAGAGCAUCAGCGUCGUACGCACCGGUAUCAGCUGCAACAGGAACCACUAAAGGAUCAGCACCAGAAGGAACGGAAGCUGUGGAAGAGCCUUAGUUAAUAUCAUAUCACAUCAGACGCCCGCGUUACUCGCCAGCCUUCUGGUCCUUCCCUGGUGCGCCUCGUGCAUUUCGCCGGUGAAGCAUUGAUCUGCUGAGUUGUAAAACCAACAGACGAGACCAGACCGUCACCGUUGCAUCGUAGUCAAGCUGCAUCAGCGCUACAACCGGUGACGAAGGAUGUUGAAAGAAAGGGAAGACCAGGACCUGGAAAUAUGCAAAGCCCCAUCGCCCUCUUCUGAGGAUAGGAAGCUAAACGAUUCGGAUAUAGAUCCUGUUGGAUCGCAACGCGUUUACAAGAAAACAUCAUCCAACCAGCUGCUAACGUUGUACCUUGGGAGUCGGGAACUGGUGGCUCGCAAAGGAGUUAUCGAACCACUCAAGGGCGUGCUGUACAUCGAUUCGAAAAUAGUCAACGAAUCUAAAAUUUACGGACAACUUACAUUAACAUUUCGCUAUGGGCGUGAGGACGAAGAAGUUAUGGGACUUAAGUUCUGCAAUGAAGCCGUUAUUGCUUUGCAACAGUUUUGGCCACGACCGGCGGGCUGCGAAGUGGAGUCGCUUACACCGCUGCAGGAAGCACUACUGGAAAGGCUAGGAAAAAAUGCGGUUCCCUUUACGCUGGAAAUUGGGACGCUGGCACCACCGAGUGUGCAGCUGCUACCGGCGAAACGUUACACCGGAGCUCCGAUUGGCACCAGCUACGACGUAAGGGUUUACACGGCAGAAACGUCGGGAGACGAACGUGUCCAGCGUCGAUCGACUGUGAGAUUAGGUAUAAGAUUAAUCCAUAAGAUCUGCCUUGAUAGUACCAAAGCGCCGGCCGCUCUCGAGACGGCCACAGUAAAUAAUUCUUCCUUCAACGAUGGUAGCAGCCUGAGUGCGGCUUCCGCCGGAACUGGCCCUGGACCGAAAACUCCACCAGCCCUGGCUCCGCAAGCCUCGAUCGCCUGCGGGCCGGACAGCAACACUAGCAGCACCGUUCCUCGAGCUUUACGGUUGCGCCUUUCACCAAAAUCCCUGAAGCUAUCAUCGCUCCACCGGCACAGCAGCAGCGUUGACAGUACAAACGGUGGCAUCAAGUCUUACGGCGAUCAUGCCAUCAUCGAGCUGACAGAAACGAAUAAGGGACCGCAGCUAUCUGUCGACAAACCAUUCUUGUGGGCCGACGGCCGUGUCAACCUGAAGGCAUCCCUCAACAAGGCGGCCUAUGUGCAUGGCGAGAACGUAACGGUUACGCUUGACAUCAAGAAUGACAGCCGGAAAAUUGUCCGGAAAAUUCGGUUGGUCGCCGUGCAGCAUGUGGACGUUUGCAUGUUCAGUAAUGGAAAAUUUAAAAACAUCGUCGCCGAGGUGGACGUGAGCAAACAUAUCGGGCCGGGCGAUACGCUUCACGCAUCCUACUCUCUGCUUCCGGUCAGAGGAACCACAAAAAAUUGGAUCGCCGUAGAAGGUGCCUUAGUCAGCAGCAACAGCGCUGAUCCGAGCUCGUCGGCCUACAAUUCCAAGUUGGCCACCAGCGCUCCGCGUGGCAUGCUGUCCGCCUCCGUGAGCUCGACAGAGGAGAAGAAUGUGUUCGCCAUCUACGUAUCGUACUACGUGAAAGUAAAAUUAAUACUCAGCAGCAUGGGUGGCGAAGUAUCGUUGAAGCUACCGUUUGUCCUCGGCAACGUGGAGCUCAGCAACAACCCAGACGGCUCCAAGCCGCCGGACACGUUGAGCGGGCUCAAGAAGAUGCGUGAGAUGCGACGAAAGUCUUCGGCCAUCACCACCAACGGCGGUGUCGGUGGAAGUCUCGACUUUACGCCCUGCCGAUCACCACUGUCCAAAGAACUCAGCGUGCGUGAUACCGACGAGCCUGAGGACGAAACGAUAGAAAGCGCCUCGCGUGUAAAAACCGUUAACCAGCACAAUCAGAUCUCCACCACGGAAGGGGCAACCAUUCGAUCCAGCCGUCGGAUUCCGACAGAUGUGUCUCCUUCGGACAGCAGCGGGCCGCGGGAAGAACAGAUAACAAUCAACAGCCGCCGGGAGCUGUUCAAGAACUCCAAGUUCAAUGACAACCUUAGCAGUACAAUCGACAUAAUAACGGAAGACUUCCAGACGAUCACGGCCAACAUUUCCAACCUGAUUAAGUCGGACUCGAGUAAAUCGAAUUUGAACGAGGCCGGCACCUGCAACCAGGAAAUUAGUGUCGAAGCUCAGAUACACUGUCCCCAGAUGGGCACCACAAUGGACGACAGAAUCAGCAAUCAACCGUCACCUCAACGCUCCCCUCAGAGAUCCCCACAGCGGUCACCGUUGCGACGGCUAGAACAUUGAUAGUGACGAUAGGCUUAAUAUGAAAGGUUUCGAUUACCAGUGGCACUAAUGAGUGACCGAUUAUUGAGUAGUACUCUCUGAAUUUGACCGUCUGUGUGUGUACAUGCAUGCGUGUUCGUGAGUUUGAAUGUUUCAAUGUGCAGUGCAGGAUUUGAUUUUCAUGGUCUUUUGCCGUGGCACAAGGGUAAUUGAGCAUUAUUACUGUCUAAAUAGAGCAUAGAAUAGGGGAAGGAAAGCUACGAGCGUUAGAUCAAUUUUACUUCCUAACAAGUAUUGGAACAUCUAGGAAAUGAGUGUCUGAAGCUAGGAACCUAAGCAUUUGAGUAGCCCUGGAGUAGCUAGUGGCGCGUUUUUCACUGACACCUGCAGGGACUAUCGCUCUCCAGCUAGCUAGCAGUAGCAGCUUUAACUUUUACACGCCCUGUUCUGAAAAGUUUUGACGAAUAUACUACACUGGUAGCAAAGGUUUAGAAAAUGUUCAGUCUGUAGUGCAGUGUGUGGGCGCUACGAGAAAUCGUCUUUCUUCUGUGCUGCAUGUGUUCCUUGAACGAGACAAGUACAAAACAUGCAGUAAUUACCAAUUUAAGUCCUGGUUUGCUCAACAUGCUGAAGCAACGGACCCACGAUUUAGAAGGUUAUCUGAAAUUAAUUUAGAAGGAUUGUUCAAACAACACUCCUACAAUCAUUUCUGAGAACAUUUCCGUUCAACCUCUUACUAGUCGUUCAUACAAUAGAGAACGGAACCAAUUUGCCAAAAUGUUAUCCAGCUGAUGUUAGCUUAACCUUUGGCCAUCUCUUAAACAUAUCGAAAACGUUAGAUCCCGAGACAAAACUUUAAAGAAGAAGAAGCUGAUAGUUGCCAAUUACUAUAAUCCCUCCUAAAUUGUUGUUGCAGAACCGGAAGAAACUUGCUAGCGUACAAUCGAGGAGCACUUUAUUAGUGUUACAGUAGUAGAGUAAGCCGUUUGAAAAAUGGAACUGUAUAAACUUGUAUUAUUUCCAAGCGUACUUGAAUUCUGUUUUGACCGCAUUUAAAAUUGAUAUGCCAUCACAGAACACAGCGAAAGGAAAACUGAAGACUAACUAUUUUUUUAUUUGAAUGCUGCUUUUUUUAUAUUACUGGCGAAGAUGCAAAGCGUGCAAUUUCAUGUUGAAAGAGAAUGUCGCCUUAUGAAAUCUGUUUUGUUUCACAUGUAACUCAUGAUACUAAAAUACUUAUCCCCUACUCAAAUACAUAUAAUUAAAGAAGGUUAUUACGUUCCAAGUGGAGCUAGUUGAAGCUAACAGAGCUCAUUAGUGUCGGUCGCCAAAAAAUGAAGCCCGUAAUUAUGAAGACAUGUACAUUAGCAUUAGAAGAAAAUAAGAAAAACUGUUAUUUUCGUCAACUUUUACCUUAUUGUAAAUCAAAAUUUUCCCUUCUCAACACGUUACUUUGAUACACUAGCACUAGAAUCGUGCUUUUUUGAACAUAUAACGAUCAAAGUUGGAUAAGCGGGCUAAUCUUCGCCGUAGUGAACCGUUGAAGUAGGGUAAAGACCAUUGCUCUCAUGUAAUGGGCCACAUGUACCAGGCGGUCCACUUCCGGUUUAUUACUGUGAGACUUAUACUUAGCUGUAGCGCUAUUGAAGAUAUCGAAACCUGAAAGAAUACAUUCAAGCAAAAAUCUAGAAAGACGCAACUUCGACUACUCGAGAGACGUCGUAAGUUAUAUUUUAUCCCGAUAUAUAUUUGACGGUGGGUACUAUCUGUGGAAUCCCUAAGUGUGCAGUGAUACCGAUAGAUAUGUAGAUGGAUGAGUAAAUAAAUUGAUGUUUU